UCUGUCUACUGUGCGUGUGCCCUUCAUUCUUGCAAACAUGGCCUCGUCUGCCAGGCAAUUGCUCGCGCGUUGUAUGUCCACUGGCCAGGCAGCUGGCAAACGUUUGGUGAUCAAGCAUGUGACGGUGAUUGGUGGCGGCCUUAUGGGAUCAGGGAUCGCCCAGGUGGCUGCAGCUACAGGUCACACUGUGGUAUUAGUGGACCAGACAGAUGACCUUCUGAAGAAGUCUAGAAAAGGCAUUGAAGAGAGUCUGAAAAGAGUGACAAAGAAGCUGUUUGCAGAUAAGCCUGAGGCUGCUUCACAGUUCGUUGAAAAGACUUUAUCAAACUUGACAGUGAGCACUGAUCCAGCAGCUGUAGUACACAGCACAGACCUAGUUGUUGAAGCAAUUGUUGAAAAUUUGAAUGUGAAAAAUGAGUUGUUCAAGAGACUGGACAAGUUUGCUCCUGAACAUACAAUAUUUGCCAGCAAUACUUCAUCAUUGCCGAUUACAGAAAUCGCUAACUGCACAACCAGGCAGGACCGGUUUGGAGGUCUUCAUUUCUUUAAUCCUGUACCAUUGAUGAAGCUUGUAGAGGUUAUCAAGACACCGAUGACCAGUCAAGCAACCUUUGAAUCUCUUGUGGAUUUCAGUAAAGCCCUUGGAAAGAACCCAGUGUCGUGCCAAGAUACACCUGGGUUUGUUGUCAAUCGCCUGCUUGUACCCUACUUGAUGGAAGCUGUCAGGCUUUAUGAAAAAGGACAUGCAUCAAAAGAAGAUAUUGACGUUGCAAUGAAGUUGGGUGCAGGUUACCCAAUGGGUCCCUUUGAACUCCUAGAUUAUGUUGGCCUUGACACCAGUAAAUACAUCAUUGACGGCUGGCAUGAAUUAGAGCCAGAGAAUCCACUUUUUGCUCCGAGUGAGUUAUUAAAUAAACUGGUGGAAGAGAAGAAGCUUGGAAAGAAGACAGGAGAAGGAUUUUAUAAGUACAGAUAAGUCUUCGUUGAGGCCACUCUCAUUUUUUUCUAAACAUUUUUUUACAAUCUACUCUGCUUUUUUGACCAGUCAGUAAUAUGUGUGCAAUUCUAAUUUAAAUAUAAUCAACAUAUAUUAGUCUUAGAUUUGUCAGAAAACCGUGUAUUACGCUAUGUUCACACACUAGUGCCUUUGCACAAGGAUUGUCAAUUGAGGUUCAUAAUCCUUUUGUACAGCUGUCUAAAAGGAAUAUUAUAUCAGAACUCAUUUUUGGAGUAAAUAAAGCAUUGCUAAAAUUG